UAUGCUUAAUUCAUUGAUAAUUUUGCAUUUGCCCUGAUAUCGCGUCGUUCUCAGAUUGAGUCUGUAAACUGGUCGAUCGCGCCCCGUUGUGUGACAUUAAUAUUUGAAACAAAUUCUCACUUUCGCCCUCCUAGCACGGGGGGCUGAUUGUUCCGCGCGGUUCCACUCUCUCCUCGCGCAUUCGCGGCCUUUAUUAAGAUAAAUCAGUGUGCCUCUAUUAAUUACAGUGUUAUUUAUUGACUUAGUGAAAAUACAGCAGUGAUUUAGCAAAGUGAUACAAUUAAAAUUAGCGUUAAUUGAAAUUUAAUUGAAGCUGAUUGGUUUUAAUAAAAUUGUUAAAAAAUGGAAUCAGCUGGAUUUGAUGAUCAGAUAUUUAGUGAAUUUAAUGAUACGCUCAGUCCGCUCAGUGCCAAAGCGAUUCAAGCGGGCGGCCCAAGUGGUCACAACAUACAGGUGGUGCUAGGAAUAAACCAACCUUCGCCGGAUUCCUGCACACAGCGAUUACCUGAAGUGAAUAGCAUUCUGGCGGCAGGUUCGCCUAGUUAUAAAACCAUCGAUUACACUAAUCUGAACAAAGUAGACUACCAUCCAAAUGGGAAAGUUGAUCCCCAAUACUCUCCGAAUUCCGGGAAACUGGAGUACAUCAACUGUAAGCUCGAAUACUACCCUUCGCAACUUAAUGUCGAUAAUAAUCUGAAUAAAAUAGAAUAUGUUAAAACCUUAGAUUACAAUGCCAAUGGUCGAAUGGAGUAUUCUCCGCCGUCGAAGGCGACCGACUACGGAAAUGGAAAAAUGGAAUACGAAACCACCAUGACCAUGUUCCAGCAACCUCCACCCAUGGGUGCAACCACGCUGAACGGGUUGAAUGAUCCCAGCAAGCGGAAAAGUGAUGAUGUGAACAGUGCCUCAGGAUCUUCUACGCCGACUACGACCACGUCGAUGAGCAACGGCAACGGAAGUGAUUGUGCGUCCAGUGCAAACAAGAAGAACGACAAGAAGAAGUCGGAUCCUAAUGGGAUCAAGAAGAAGAAAACGAGGACUACCUUUACGGCGUACCAGCUGGAAGAGUUAGAACGAGCUUUCGAACGAGCACCCUAUCCGGAUGUUUUCGCACGAGAAGAGCUCGCCAUGAAGCUCAACUUAAGUGAAUCUCGUGUUCAAGUUUGGUUCCAGAACCGCCGUGCCAAGUGGAGGAAACGCGAACCACCCAGGAAGUCGGCCUAUAUGGGCAAUAACAGUCCAUCAACGCCAAUGAACGGCCCGAUUGGCACCACCUUCACACAGUUUCCGCAAACGACGACCGUAACCCCGCCGAGCAGUGUGGAAAGUUGGUCCACUUACCAAACACCGUACGAGUUAAGCUCCCACUUCAACCUGCUGUCUCCUGCCGCCAGUCCUUACGGUCCCUUCACCACCCAGUACGGUACUUACGUGCACGAAAGUCAAUUAUUUCCCGUAAGGCAGCAUUUCGAUUACGGCAGUCCGUCAAGAACAGGGACAGAAACUGAGGAACCACAUCACAAAGCCGAGCACUAUGCCUCGUUGGACGAUAAAUUCGAUACGCACUGCACUGUAUCGGAUGGCGUCACGAAUGGGAAAUAUGUUGACGACACGAAGUACAUACACGCCGUAAACAUCAUAGACGACCCAAAGUACGGCAGCAGUUGCCAUCUGGAAGACCCUUCGCUCAAGCAGUCCCAUUACGGUACACCUACAACUGCGUGUCAACCUGGCGACGAAUCUGAGUCGCUUGGCAUCGUCAAAUCAGAGGACGGCGUUAGUCACAGUUAUGUGCUUCCGCCUUUUUUGCGCUGAAGCAAAUGCUUUCGGCAAAACGUUCUUAACAUGUUGUACAGCAGAGACCGCAUUGUCUUUCCGGUGUCGACUUGCGGCAACAAAGGCAAAACGUGAGUGAGAGCCAGGAAAACAAUUUGAAAGCCAUGCAGACAGUCUCCCCCAUUCGGAAGACCGUACCAGACCGGGCAACCUAAAUUCCUUAACACAAUUUGGAACAAAAUCCCCCGCAAAGUUAUGUAUGUCUGACGUCGGACCCAUGGGAUGCUUCACAUUCCUAUAUUUAUUUGCCAUUCCACAUCACCUGUGUACGUCUAUUCUAUGCCUUAGGAUUAGGAAACAAUCUGUUUUAUCGCACAAGUGCCUAUGUAAAUAGCAAAGCAAAUCGAAGCUUAUAGAGUUAUAUAAAUCAAAAUUAUAUUCUGCCCAAAUCCCAACAGGAGCUUGUUCCUUAUCUAACGAAAUCAAACGCAACGGCCUUUUUGUACAUCACCUACGAACAAGAUCAUCAACCAGUUCAUUCAGAGCAUUCAAUAUCAAUAAAAAAGGGGGAACCCGUGCAAGGAAUGUCGAGUGGAUAACCUGUGGAUCAAUCUACCUUUAGUGGGGCACGGUCUAACUUGAAACAUUCUGAAUUUGUUGGGAGUUUUUUUUUUGCAAAUUUGUACACUACCAUUUUAUGUUUUUUUUUUUACUUCAAACGCAUUAAACAAAAAUUGAUGAUGAUUUUCAACUUAUUUUCAACGUUUCCAAGCAACUUUUUAUAGGUACAAUCAUUUUUCAAUGAUUUUCAGUUUUUCCUUUUGUUGAUAUGUUUUGAUAUAGAAAGUGAAGGAUUGUGCGCGAAAGUUAGGGUUUAUUGAUCCAUUGUCAAAUCAAAUCACCAACCAUAGGUGACUCCCACAUUGACAAUGUACCCUACCCUACUAACAAAACUUCCUUUCUGAGACAAACGUGGAGAUGCAGCGAUUCGCGGUCUUUAUAAGAACGUUUGUCUCACUAACAUUCCCUUCCAUCCUCGAUGACCGCAAGGACGUGGCCGGCGCCGUUAUUGACCUUACUAAAGUCAAGAGCUCUCAAACUGUGCAUUGAGAAUAGUAAGCUAGUCCCAAGCCCUAUUCAUUGGUUCCUUGUGCAAUUUCGAUUGCUCUGGUCAAUCACGGAGUCGGAGUAGCAACUACGAAUUGUGUGGUCAUCUAUGCUCACGCUCAUGCUCAUUUUCAGUUUUUCCUUUUGUUGAUCAACCAUUUCAAAAUGUAACUAUGGCCCAAAAAAAUCCUUAGCGAAGUUUGUUUUCUUAAAUUGGAACGAACAAGAUCAUCAACCAGUUCAUUCAGAGCAUUCAAUAUCAAUAAAAAAGGGGGAACCCGUGCAAGGAAUGUCGAGUGGAUAACCUGUAGAUCAAUCUACCUGUGGUGGAACAGAGUCUACCUUUUGGAUUUGUUGGAAGAUUUUUAUUUGCAAAUUUGUGCCCACAUCAGCAGUUUAUGUUUUUUUUUAAACUUCUAAUGCAUUAAACGAAAAUUGAUGAUGUUUUCAACUUCUUCUUCAACGUUGUCAAGCAACUUCUUUCUUUCAGUUUUUUUUCCUUUUGUUGAUAAAUCAUAUCAAAAUGAAACUAUGGACUAACAAACUUUCAUAAAUUGGAAUCAAUUUUUGUCAACUUGGACCAAGAUCAGAUAGCAUUCAAUAUUUUUCUAGUUUCAUGGUUCUAUUUGAUUCUGUUUCAUCUAUGGAUCAUUUGUCUAAAGGUUCACGUAGUUUAUAGGCAUCCAUAGAAAAGUGGACUGAUGAUAAGUAGAUGUAUGGAUUCCAAAAGGGAUUACUCUCCGUUUUGCUUAUGGCAAAAUCUUUAGCACUUGGUAUUUCUUUACCAAACUCAGACCAGCUCAUGAUUGAUGAAGGAUUGCCUAUGAAUCAGAUAAAUAUACACCCCAAAUAUGAAAGAUAAUAAAACAAACCCAUGGAUAUUUUUUUUUGAUACCCUGAACUUUAAUUGAAUAGCUCUGACAAAUCUGGAAAUUGAUGUACAUUUUAAAGGAAGUGAAAACAACAAAAUCAUUAACGUCUUGCCAAUAAUUUAAAUAAGAAUAAUGCUUACUUUUUAUUUAAAAUCUGCAGUUUUGAAGAUUGGGGUCUCCAGUUAGCCUAGUGGUUAAGGCUAUGGAUCGCCAAUCCGGAGACGGCGGGUUCGAUUCCCGUUCCGAUCGGGAAAAUUUUCUCGACUCCCUGGGCAUAGUGUAUCAUUGUCCUUGCCUCACAAGAUACAAAUUCAUGCAAUGGUAGGCAAAGAAAGCCCUCCAAUUAAUAAAUGUGGAAGUGCUCAAAGAACACUAAGUUGGAGAGAGGCAGGCCAAGAUCCAGUGAGAACGUAGAGCCAUACAGAAGAAGAAGUUUUGAAGAUCUUGCUUAAAAACAUGAAGAUGUACAUAUUUUGGUUCCUCAACUUUUCGACUGCUGGCACAUUACAUCGGAUUGCAUUCAACACAGUGUUUUAGCGACAAAUAUGGUCCAAAUAUUCUGCAUGAAGGUAUUGAUGAACAAAGUAGUUGGAGGCUCAUAGCAGUCAAUUUUGAUUUCCUCGUAUUUUUUUUACAUAAGAAAAUUGACUAAAGCUGCGCAUUGCAACAUUGACCGAUUGUCUCUUUAAUUGGGUGACAUACCAAAUCUUAUGUUCAUAAAUCUUCAUAACCAGAGUAAUAUUACUGCAAUCAAUCGAAACUGUCGUAAACGUAUUGCAAAAGAAGCAGGAUUGAAAUUAAUGUAUGUAUAUUAUAAUUGUAAGUAUUGAGUUUGGGCAUUAAAAGCUGUAUAUAUGCCAUAGUUAUAGGUUUAAAGAACUAGAUUAAUUAACAGAUAAAUGCAAGCUUAUGAUUAUACUUUGUAUACGCAAAUACUGUUCAAAUGUUCGAGACAAAAGAAUGUUACCUAUUGAUAACAGCCAAAUUUAUUAUACCAAAGGUACACGUUUAAAAGUAAAAUUAAAAGUAUACUGAUAAUGAUUUGCCAACUACAGUAAAACAAGUCGUUAUAAAGUAAAGUAAGUAGUAAAAUAGUGAUAAUGCAAUUAUAUUAUACAAAUGAUGACAAAAUCAUUUCUUACGUAUUUGUAACAUCCCACAAAAUUACAAAAAAGAGAAAGUACAAUAAACGCAUGAACUGACUUGUCUA